UUGCAGGUUUCUCUUGACUUCACUAUCUAGUAUGGCACUCCUGUUUUGUGCUCCCCUGUGCCAUUUCAAAAUUCUGCUUUGUCUUCUCCGGAUAUUAAAUUCACAGAGACAAGAAGAGCUGAGGACAUGGCUGCAUCUUAUAAUGGGUCUACAUGGAAAGAUGGGGAGCCUAUACAAGGAUCGUCUGAUGGCCUUUGUACCAUUGAAAUUAAGGAUACUCUUCUUCCACCUUGGAUUAUUUGUCGUAUGUGUGCAUUGAUGUCUUCUGAGGGAAGAAGCUUUGAAGCAAGUUUUGCUACGGAUUUUAGCUCAAUUGGAUUGAAUGUUGCCUUGAAAUCAAUUUGUGAGAAGGAGAAAUCUGAAGCUGUAGAUAGUGAAAGUUUACAAGAACACAUAAAUACUUUUGGCAUUCCAGAAACUGUAGUCACUUCUCGAAUGUGUUCAUCUUCAUUAAAAGGCAUAAGAUACAUUGAUGGAUCUUAUACGGCAUCUCUAUCGCCUGUAUAAUCUUGUCAAAACAAAGAACUUACAUGUAUCCGUUAAUUUAUUUUAAUGACUACUGGAUGACCCUCCAAAAAAUUAAUGGGGUGUUGUACUUCUAAAUCCAAAACUACUGGAACAUCUUGUUUACCAAGCAAACGUAAUAUCCAUGUCAUCAGUGAGUAGCAAAUUUUGGCAAUUGAUGCAUUGAAGCAUCUUAAUCACGAUUAAGAAACUAUGACCUUGAGUUCCAAACUGUCAAACUCAUUGUGUCUGUAUACGUACAUUCAAAAGUUUUGUACUAAAGAUGUAAUUUGCCCAAGUUAA